CAGCGGCGGUGGCGCCGGCCCCGAUUGGCUCAUGCGUACUGAGCGGGCGCGGAUCGUGGCCGGCGGUUGAAAUUCAAACGCGGUGGGUGUGGCGCGGGGCCGGUAGCCGCCCGUUCCGUGGCGCGCGGCUUCCGUGUGGCGCGAGUCGGUGCGGGAACGCGAGUCCCGGGAGCCCCGGCGCCUGCGCCGUUCCUUUGCAUCCCAUCGGGCGUGGGCCGCGGUGCACAUGGAGCCUCAGAGGCCCCCCUUGAUGGAAGUGAAGGGGAACUUAGAGCUGAAGACACCACUGGUUAAGGCCUCCUCCCGACUGCCUCUCCCAGGGAGCAGGCUCAAGAGGGGCCCUGACCAGAUGGAGGAUGCCUUGGAGCCUGCAAAGAAACGGACACGAGGUCUGGGAGCAGUGACCAAAGUUAACAUAACCCGCCCCAGAGGACCGCCCCUCCGCACAGCACCACAGACCCAUGGCCAGACUGCAGCUCAAAAAGUCCCCAAGAAGACAGGACCUCGUUCUACUGCUGUCAGUACAGUGCUGAGGAACCAGAAGCCAGCUCCUGCUGCUCCUGCUGCUCCUGCCCCCAAACCUGGCACUGCUCCUCCCAUGGUAGCAGGGAAGAAACCUGGCAAACGUCCUGCUUGGGACUUAAAGGGUCAGUUGUAUGACCUAAAUGAAGAGCUGAAACGCUAUCGGGAGAAGAAUCAAGCACUGGACCGGGAUAACCAGCAGCUGCAGGAGCAACUCAAAGAGGCCCAGCAGCAGGCUAAGACCCUGGGGACAGAGUGUAGCACCCUGGAGGAGGAACUGACCAGGGUACGGACCCAGGCUGAGCAGGGCCAGCAGGAGCUGGGGCAUCUGAGGGCCCACGUCUCGGAAAUCGAGGAGCAGCUGAGCACAAAGGAGGAGUUGCUUCAAGAGCUCCAGAAAGAGCAGCUGGAGUUGCAGGAGGAGCGGAGGGCACUAGCCACCCGACUGGAGGAGCAGGAGAGGAGGCAGCAGGCCUUAGAAGCAGCUCUAUCAAGCAGCCAAGCAGAAGUGGUAUGCCUCCGGCAGGAGACUGCGUCCCAGGCCACCUUGCUGGCUGAGCGAGGAGACCAGCUCCAUGGGCUGGAGAUGGAGCGCCGGCGACUGCACAAUCAGCUGCAGGAACUCAAGGGCAACAUCCGGGUAUUUUGCCGGGUUCGCCCUGUCCUUGCAGGGGAGCCUGUUCCUUCCUCUGGCUUCCUCCUGUUUCCCCCUGGCCCUGCUGGGCCCUCUGAUCCUCCAACCUGCCUUAGCCUCUCCCGGUCUGAUGAUCGCCGAGCAACCCUGAGUGGGGCACCUGCCCCUCCCACCCGCCAUGAUUUCUCCUUUGACCGAGUAUUCCCCCCAGGAAGCAGACAGGACGAAGUAUUUGAAGAGAUCUCCAUGCUUGUCCAGUCAGCCCUGGAUGGCUACCCUGUGUGCAUCUUUGCCUAUGGCCAGACAGGCAGUGGCAAGACCUUCACAAUGGAGGGUGGGCCUGGGGAAGACCCCCAAUUAGAGGGGCUGAUUCCUCGAGCCCUUCGACACCUCUUCUCCGUGGCCCAGGAGAUGAAUGGCCAGGGAUGGACCUAUAGUUUUGUGGCAAGUUAUGUAGAGAUCUACAAUGAAACCGUCCGAGACCUGCUAGCCACUGGGACCCGGAAGGGGCAGGGUGGCGAGUGUGAGAUUCGUCGGGCAGGACCAGGGAGUGAAGAGCUUACUGUCACCAAUGCACGCUAUGUUCCUGUUUCCUGUGAGAAAGAGGUGGAGGCUCUGCUCCAUUUGGCCCGCCAGAAUCGAGCUGUAGCCCGCACAGCCCAGAACGAGAGAUCAUCUCGGAGCCACAGUGUGUUCCAGCUGCAGAUCUCUGGAGAGCAUGCUGCUCGGGGCCUGCAGUGUGGGGCUCCCCUCAACCUUGUAGACCUGGCUGGGAGUGAGCGGCUAGACCCUGGCUUAGCCCUAGGCCCAGGGGAACGGGAUCGUCUUCGGGAAACACAGGCUAUUAACAGCAGUCUGUCCACGCUGGGACUGGUCAUAAUGGCCCUGAGCAAUAAGGAGUCCCACGUGCCUUACCGGAACAGCAAGCUCACCUACCUGCUGCAGAACUCCCUAGGUGGAAGUGCUAAGAUGCUCAUGUUUGUGAACAUUUCCCCCCUGGAAGAGAAUGUCUCGGAGUCCCUCAACUCACUGCGCUUUGCUUCCAAGGUGAACCAGUGUGUUAUUGGCACUGCCCGGGCCAACAAGAAAUGAAGCUGGCUGGAUCCAGAGCCUGCUUUGUGCAAGCCUAAGUGCAUAUGUCUGUGUGUGUUGUGUGUUAAUGUGUAUGUACGUCCUGGGUGGGGGUGUCGGGGAUGCUUUUAUUGGGUAGACAGCAUUAUGUACUUAGCCCUAUCAAAUAAAGAAAGUCUGUUGCAUAUUUUUAAA